AAGCCCCACGACUUCCACUGUAAUUCCCACUCCUUCGACCCCACAACCCACAACCCCUCACUCUUCCACGCCAUCCCCCACCCCAAUCGACACAACCACCGCCGUUCCGGCAACUACCGAGCCACCCACUCCCACGUCUCCAGUGACCCCUUCGCCUGCAACAACGAGCCAGCCGUCGUCCACACCUCCAGCUACGACACUGGCUCCCGAUACAACUCGGCCCACGUUGCCAGUCACGACGUCGCUUCCUUUCGUGACCGUUCGACCAAAGGAAACGCUAUCUCCGAUCAUCGAGGAACUCAUGGGCCGAAACACAAGUCAGAAAGAUGGGCCUCCGAGUGCGACAUCCGUCGCGGACAGUCUCAUGGACGUCGCCCUGCCCACAGACACGUCACCGACGGCCUCCACGACGAAAGCUCCAGCGGCGCCGCGCCCGAUGCCCACCCCACGCAACAAGACCGCCAACCUUGCGGACGACAACACUGCGACUUCAUCGUCGUUCGUGUCGGUCGCAGGAUCCGAACCCCUCAACACAGAGACGAACCGGUACAUCUUCAACACGAUCGUCGGCAUCACGCUCGUCUUCAUGGCGUUCUUCCACGGGAUUGCGAUCGAUCCGUCGUACAUUCCAUCGGACGCCACGUUCCUUGGCGCGCUCGCUGCACCAAACUCGUGGGAACUACCCACGUUCAUCUCGUUCAUGCAGUGCAUUGCGUUGGGCUCGUUUGUGAAUGUGAAUGCACCGCACGCGAUCUUUGUCGCGUUCACCGAUUCGUUUUCGUGGCUCGCGUUUCAAAUCCACAAACGGGCGCCGACCCCCGCCGCCGUCAUGCCAUCGUCUCUCGUACUCAGCCAUGGCCGCCAGUUGCUGGACAACGCAACCAACCACGGUGCCGACGUGUACGACGCGUUUGGCAUCCAGCAAUUUGCACUGCGAAGCCAUGUUCGUGAAAAGGACCUCUUCCUUCGCGCGUUGACGUUCUUCUUGGUCGGGCUCGCCGUCCUCAUGGCCGUCGCCAUUGCGUGCACACUCGUCGGUCGUGCCCUUCAACGCCGCAGCACCGGGUUGGCUGCCGGCGGCCCCUUGUCCUGGGUUGCCCGAUCCAACCACGUCAACUUUACCAACUCGCUGACGUCGUCGCAGCCGUCCCACGUCACAGCAAAGCACGUGACGCGCCACAUCCUCGGGCUCACCGUCCUCUUCGGCGUCCUGAGCGUCCUGCCGCUCUCGAUGGUGUCUGUCUACGAAGUCAUGCAAGACAUCAGCUCGACGUCCGGGUUUGGGUCGCUCACGGGGCUCAUUGCCGUCGGGAUCGUUGUCGCUGUCGCGUCGGUGGCCGUCGGCCCCGCUUUCAUUCUCUCGUCCAUGUCCGAAGUCGACCUGACCAAGUACAACGCCAAGGCGACGUUUGGGGUGCUCUACGUGAACCUUCACUACGACCGCCGACUGUUUGGCGCAGUCUCGACCACGGUGCAGCUCGUAUCCGGGGCCAUCGUCGCGUUCAGUGCGUCGAGUCAGCCCGUGUGGCUCGCGGCCAUCCACGUCGUGUACAUGGCGCUCGUGCUAGCGAUCCGCCCGUUUGUGUCGGCGCUGCAACUCGUGGUCACCGUGUUGUUUGAACUGUGCCUCGUUGCCGUGUACGUCAUGAUGUCGUUUAUGGCGGCGACCGACGUCCACACAAAGCGUUCGCUUGCCUAUGCUGUCGUAAGCGUCGUGUGCUGCCUCGUUCUGUUUUGCUUUGUCCGGUGUCUCGUCAAGCUAUGGGUGUUCGUGGAUGGAUGGAGCCCGAACGACGACGAGCUUGUUGGCACCGGCGGCGGACGCGGGGACACCAACACGUCGCAGUUGAUCGUGCAUGCCGGGGACUUUGGACCGAACAAGGGAGCGGGCAGACAUCGGCGACUCCCGGCAUCGUCAUCGACUCGCACGAUCCACCUUGUCCAGGUAAACCCGAACGCGAUCGUCUAACGCUGGGAAGAAUCUGUGUUGUGUGCAUUGUCGAGUCUCGACGCCUUCAUGGACAUGGCUCGAACUUUUGCGGCAUGACGACGCGCGUCUGUGCCUGCAAUGCCCACGUCGGCGCCUCUUGCACGAUUCCGAAUGCAUGCAGGAACUCCCACUUCUUUGCCCAGCACAGGAGGACCACAUGCGCAAUGCCAUGUCGAUGGCGCUGGGACUUCACCGCCGACCCCAUCUCGUCCUGAAGCGCCGCUUGAAAAGUCCGCAUCUUCACGGAUAAUUCCAAUCACUGCUUCCUGUCACUCUCGUCAUGGACCUGCUACGACCGCUUCGUUUGUAUACUGUUUCGUUGGCGGCAAUUUCCUCGGCGAUCUCGAGGUGGUGGCGAA